UUUAGGAUGGAGAAAUAUAGGAAGUGAGAAAGCAAAAAAGAGGAAGAUGAGGAAAAGAAAAGGGAAAUGGGAAGGUGGUUAAACUCCCACCUUAAACACCGGUGCAAAGUUGGCGUACAUCCAAUAAGGAAAUACCUGCCUUCCAAUGUCAUUGUUUACAGAUCGUUUUUGAGCCUACAUUCAUGAAACAACAAUCUCUUUUCUACUUUCUUUGCCAUUUUAUCACAAUUAACUUUAUCACAUUCUUGAAUUUCCAAAUUUUCGUACAAUUUCUGGUAGUUGCAAUUGAUAUGAUGUUAAUGUACAUAUGAUGAUUUCCCUCUAUGCAUUCAUUCUAAAAUUUGUUCUUUUUAUUAACAAAUGGGUUUAAAUUUUUUAAAAACCAAAAUCAAAAUAUGAUGUUAACGAGAUUAUGUUCGGAUAUCUUAUUUCAUUUUACAAUAUGAUGAAAGGAUAUCUUAUUGACGUUUUCCUAAUUUGCAGUGGUAGGAGCUGAGUUUGUUCGGAUGAAAUUUCUUGUGUCCAUAUGCAUUUAUUGUGAGGUCAUAGAGCUUUUCAACCACAGGUUGAUUCCUUCUGCUAACCAUUCACAAUCUAUGAAAUUGUUUGUGCACAAUGUUUAAGUCGCAAUAUAUUGAUGGGCACAAAGAAAAAUUUGUGAGGUUGGAUGACCUUAAUUCUACAUUAUCCUUUAAAUCAGAUAUGGCAGGAGCGACAAAAUGUGGAUUUAGUUUACAGGGAUUGAAUUCAGGUGGGCGCUCUAAAAACUCAUCAAAGUCAAUUAAAUUGGGUAUGAUAAGAGGGUCAGAAGGACUAAUGACAUUUGGCCGGUCACUAAAGUCUGGAGUUACACGAGCUGUGUUCUCAGAGGAUCUCAAAGUCUCUGAACAAAAGAUAUUUGAUCCUCAAGACAAGUCUCUACUAUUCUGGAAUAGGCUUUUGGUUAUAUCUUGUAUAUUUUCUGUAUCAGUUGAUCCUCUUUUUCUCUAUCUUCUGGUGUUCAAGAGUGAAGAUGGUUGUCUUCGUUUAGAUACAAGUUUAGCCUAUACUACUACCACUCUACGAACAAUAAUUGAUUCAUUUUAUAUUAUCCGGAUGAUUCUUCAAUUCCGCACGGCUUAUAUUGCUCCCUCAUCUCGGGUAUUUGGUCGAGGCGAACUUGUAAUAGAUCCUAAACAAAUAGCCGAUAGAUACAUACACCGUUACUUUACAGUUGAUCUUCUUUCAAUUCUUCCUAUACCUCAGAUUGUUGUUUGGAGAUUCCUUCAUGGAUUAAAAGGUUCAGAUGUAUUGGCCACAAAAAGAGCUCUUGUAGUCAUUGUCAUUCUUCAGUAUAUUCCUCGAUUUUUAAGAUUUGUGCCUCUAAAUUCAGAGUUGAAAAAGACGGCUGGUGUGUUUGCAGAAACCGCAUGGGCAGGUGCUGCAUAUUAUAUGCUAUGGUUUGCACUUGCUAGUCAUAUAUUUGGGGCCUUUUGGUACCUGCUAGCCGUGGAACGUAAAGAUGCGUGUUGGCAAAAGGCAUGUAAAGACAAUAAAGAGUGUAAUUCAAAAAUUUCUCUAUUGUAUUGUAUGCGUGAAGGAGAAGGGCAGAUAGAUAUGGUGGCUUGGAGAAAGAUCACCCAAGAAGUUCUCGAAAAAAAUUGUGUUGUUGGUAAUGGUUCACCAUUUAAUUAUGGAAUAUAUGAAAAAGCUGUGUCAUCGGGUGUUGUCGACUCUAACAAUUUCAUUUCUAAAUAUUGCUAUUGUUUGUGGUGGGGCCUACAAAAUCUAAGUACUUUGGGUCAAGGGCUUCAAACAAGCACAUAUCCUCUUGAGGUUCUUUUUUCAAUUGCAUUGGCCAUUCUUGGUCUCCUCUUAUUUGCUCUUCUUAUUGGAAACAUGCAGACCUAUCUUCAAUCUAUAACCGUUAGGCUUGAAGAGAUGAGGAUAAAAAGAAGUGACUCUGAACAAUGGAUGCAUCACAGAGUAUUGCCACCUCAACUCAGGGAACGAGUUCGCCGUUAUGAACAAUACAAAUGGUUGGAAACAAGAGGAGUCGAUGAAGAGGGUCUCGUCCAAAAUUUACCAAAAGACCUUAGGCGGGAAAUCAAACGACAUCUAUGUAUGAACUUAGUUAGAAAGGUCCCUCUAUUUGCAAACAUAGAUGAGAGGCUGCUUGAUGCAAUAUGCGAGCGGCUGAAGCCAAGCCUGUACACGAAAGAUACAUAUGUUGUGCGUGAAGGGGAUCCGACUGUUGAGAUGCUCUUCAUCAUUCGGGGUCAAUUGGAGAGUGUGACGACUGAUGGUGGGAGAAGUGGUUUCUUGAACACAGGCAUCCUACAAGAGAGUGACUUUUGUGGGGAGGAGUUGCUGACCUGGGCGCUGGAUCCGAAAGCAUGUUCUAACCUACCACCCUCAACCCGUACUGUCAAAGCCUUGACGGAUGUGGAAGCAUUUGCACUAAUAGCUGAUGAGGUAAAGUUCAUCACCACUCAAUUCAAACGGAUUCACAGUCGGCAAGUUCAACACACUUUUCGGUUUUACUCGCAACAAUGGAGAACUUGGGCAGCUAUCUUCAUUCAAGCAGCAUGGCGUCGCCAUGUGAAGAGGAAAAUCAUACAAGUGGUUAGCUCGAGUGAUGUUAAUGGUGAUUAUGAUGGGGAAGAAGAAAAUGAGGCAGCCAUGAUAUCAAUGAAUGAUGAGGAAUAUGACCAUGACGAUGAUGAAACUACUGCAUUAUUAAACUAUAGUGGUCAGUCCAUUUGAUUUUACUUUAAAGUACAAUGGCUAGUCUAUUUGGCUGAGUUCCCUACACCCACGUCAUCGUAAAUAGUAAAGUGCUACUUGUAAUGCUAAAAUGAAAUUCCAAUUUUUGUUACUUACAGUUAGAGUUUUGCCACUUUCAAUCCCCAAACUAUUGUGUCAGUGACUCUUUUGGUACUCGAGAACUGAUAAACUAAUAGUAACA